AAUAUUCUAGCUAAUCAUGGACAUGAUCAAUAGCAUGGUAACUGGAAAGCCUGUGGUGAUAUUCAGCAAAAGCACUUGUUGCUUGAGCCACUCCAUCAUGUCACUGAUACGUAGCUUUGGGGCAAACCUCACUGUUAUUGAGCUUGAUAAAGUGACAAAUGGGCAGCAUAUUGAAAGGGUACUGCUUCAAAUGGGGUGCCAACCAAGUGUACCAGCUGUUUUUAUAGGUGGAAAUUUCAUUGGUGACUCUAAGAGAAUCAUGACCCUCCAUCUGCGGAACGAGUUAGUACCACUGCUGAUGAAUGCCAGAGCUAUAUGGAUUUGA